GGCCAAUCAUAGCCUUGCGAAAUUUCUUUUUGUUUGGUGCUACAGAUUCUAGUCAAUAUUUUUAGUACUAAUUUCAAUUUCAGUACUAAAUUUAGCAUAGUGGCAAGCGGACCUAAGAACCGUGGGUGAGAAUAGGCCUUUAUUUAUCAAUCGGAACUCGUCAACAGUGAAUUGUUCGGAAUUCGGAACUUACUCUAGGAAGCACAUGUUUAUUUUUAUAGUUUGAUUGACGGCCACCUUUCCCGUUUGAGCGCUCUUUUUGUGAAGUGGUCUCGGUAUAUGAUAGCCAAAAUGACGGAAGGUACAGCUACUAUUCGAACCAGAAAGUUCAUGACCAACAGACUUUUGGCUAGAAAACAAAUGGUUGUUGAUGUUUUACAUCCUGGUCAACCAUCAGUUAAGAAAACUGAAAUAAGGGAAAAGUUAGCCAAAAUUUAUAAAGUACUCCCAGAUGUAGUAUUCGUCUUUGGCUUUAGGACAAACUUCGGAGGUGGUAAAUCCACUGGAUUUGCUUUAAUUUAUGAUACAUUAGAUUUCGCCAAAAAAUUCGAACCUAAACAUAGGUUAGCAAGGCAUGGUCUCUAUGAGAAGAAACAACAAACAAGAAAACAACGUAAAGAACGUAAAAACAGAAUGAAGAAAGUUAGGGGCACCAAAAAAAGUAAAGUUGGUGCUUCUGCUAAAAAGUAAUCUGUUAAUGGACGCGCAUCAUUGUGUGGCACUUAUCUACAGUACAUUUCAAGUUCUAUAUGUGUUAUUCAACAAACAGACGAUGUGCAGGUUUGAUUUUUAUGUUAAACAAGAUCAUUUCAACAAAUAUAUUUAAGUUUCUAAGUAUAUAA